AUGAUCAAGGCGCCCACCUCCUCGCCCUUGGCCGCGGCCGCGGCCGUGCUCGUCGUCGUGUCGGCGUGGGGCGCGGACGCGACCAUCGAGACCACGUGCAGGGACGCAGGCGCGGCCGACCGGCGCGUGGACGUCGCGUUCUGCGCGCGCCAGUUCUUGGCGUUCGAGGGCGCGGCGGAGGCGGAUACGUGGGGCCUGGCAAGGACGGCCGCGCUCAUCGGCAUCAACCUCGCCGACGACGCCAUCUUCGACCUCACCCACGGGAAGAUCCUACCGCAGCCCAAGGACAACAAGGCCGAGGCGGCCAUGGACGUGUGCGUGAAGGCGUACGACAAGGUGGGCGUGGCCUUCGCGGAGGCCUCCGACGAGCUCAGGGCGCGCCGGUACGCGGCGGCCAAGGAGGACAUGGCACGCGUCGCGCCACUCCUGCAGAGGUGCGACGGCGGGCUCGUCAAGGUCGGGCUCCCGUCGCCGCUGCCCAGGUACAGCGCCGACUGCCUGCAGACGACCAUCAUUGGCAUCGCCAUUACCAACCUCGUCAAGUGA